AUGGGCAGAAAUCUUCUGUAUGAUGAGAUUGGAGAGUAUAGGAUCAAGUUAAUGAAUAGAAGUUCGCCGCUACCGAAACAUAUUGUAGAUAAUGAGCUACACCCAAUCUCCAGAAAACGCUAUUUGGAGUUGCAAACCAUCAUGAGGAAAAAUAAAGAAAGUUAUAAAAACAACACUGUUUCAUCUCUCAGUGUAAGUCGACUUUUGAACAAACGAAUUCAAUCGGACUGCUCUCGUCAAAAGUAUUGCUCGAGCAAAGACCUCAAAAGAAAACACCAAACUCUUUCAACAAUCGAGGAAGAUACAGAAUGA